AUGAGCGUCCGAACACGCCGAAACAAGUCCGUCAAGCGAAAAGCUUUGGCCGAUCUAGCUGUAGACACAGACGGCACGAACGGUCACGCCAACGGCGCGAUGAACCAGAACAACGUUGAGUUCCGGCGGAAGGCGACGACUCCCGGCUCCGACACCGUAACCGCGAACCUCAUGUCGCGCGAAUCAUUCACCCUCGACGACCCCGUCCCGAAGACGCCCAUCGCCAAUAACCAUGGCUUCUUCGAGCUGCCGUUGCAGGACCAGAGGAAUUUCCUCCUGCUGGUGCUCCUGUACUUCCUACAGGGCGUGCCCAUGGGUCUCGCGGGUGGUUCGGUUCCCUUCCUAAUGAAGGACCACAUGUCGUACAGCGAGAUCGGAAUCUUUAGUCUAGCUUCAUACCCAUACUCGCUGAAGCUUCUCUGGAGUCCCAUCGUUGAUGCGGUCUGGAGCCCCAAGGUUGGACGCAGAAAGAGCUGGAUUCUUCCCAUUCAGCUGCUUUCAGGACUGGGUAUGCUCUGGCUUGGGUCUACUGUCGAGAACAUGAUGGCCAACACCGGCAAGCCCGGAGGUCCUACCGUAUGGAACUUCACCGGCUGGUGGUUCUUCCUCGUCUUUAUGUGCGCCACGCAAGAUAUCGCUGUAGACGGCUGGGCUUUGACUCUCCUGACGCCCGGCAAUGUGUCGUAUGCCUCCACUGCGCAGACCGUCGGUCUCACUGCUGGCCAUUUCUUGUCCUACACGGUGUUUUUGGCCUUCAACUCCAAGGACUUUGCAAACCGCUACUUCCGCAGCUCUCCUCUGGAUCACGGUCUCAUGUCGCUUGGCGGCUAUCUGACUUUCUGGGGCUGGGCUUACAUUGCCAUCACCAUUGGGCUCUCUCUCUUCAAGCGUGAGGAGAGAACCAAGAAUGAGGAUGGCAUUUGGGAUGUGUACAAGAUCAUGUGGGGUGUUCUCAAGUUGAAGAAUAUCCAGACCAUUAUCAUUGUUCAUCUCAUUGCCAAAAUUGGCUUCCAGGCCAAUGAUGCAGUCACCAACCUGAAGCUCAUUGAUAAGGGAUUCGGCCAGGAGAACAUGGCCCUGACGGUUCUCAUCGAUUUCCCUUUUGAAAUCGCGCUUGGCUACUACGCUGGCAAGUGGUCUCAGGAAUACACCCCAAUGCGUCUAUGGUGCUGGGGCUUCAUGGGCCGCCUCGUUGCAGCUCUGAUUGCCCAGUUCACCGUCACCAUUUUCCCGGCCGGCGGCGUUACCCCUUGGUACAUGCUGGUUGUCAUUGGCGAACACGUCUUCUCGACCUUUACAAACACGGUCAUGUUUGUCGCCGUCUCUGCUUUCCACGCUAGAAUCGCAGACCCUGUCAUCGGCGGCACCUACAUGACUCUCUUGGCUACCGUCUGCAAUCUUGGCGGCACGUUCCCGCGCUUCUUUGUCUUGCGUCUGGUUGACUACUUCACCGUCGCGACCUGCAAACCCGGCAACCCCGCGGAUCUCAACGCCCUCAAGGGCCCCGUCAUCACCGACCCCUUCUCUUGCUCCCUGCAGCCAGACAAGGAGAAGUGUGUUAACGGUGGCGGCACGUGUGAGAUGGUGCGUGACGGAUACUACUUUGUCAACAUCAUCUGCGUCGUCUUUGGCGUGGUGACGUUCAUGCUUUACAUCCGACCUAGAGUCCUGCAUCUGCAGUCACUCCCUAUGAGAGCUUGGCGUUUGGCGCCGUCCAAAUAA